CUUAACGAGAAAUCCAGGCGCUUCAGAAGAGACUGCACAAAUAACUUCUGGGGCAUCGCUAACUCAUUCAGCAGAAGGAGACCCAGGGCUGCCAAGGCUUCAAGGAAGAUAAGAGGCCAGACAGAGGGACGUGGUAACUCUGAAAGGUUCAACGCAAGAGACAAAAUGCAUUGGGCCUCCCUCCUACUGCUGGCAGGGCUCUGCUCCCUUUCCCAGGCACAGUAUGAUGAAGACUCUCAUUGGUGGAUCCAAUACCUCCGAAGCCAGCAGUCUACCUAUUAUGAUCACUAUGACCCUUACCCAUAUGAACCCUCUGAGACUUACCCCUAUGGGGUGGAGGAAGGCCCAGCCUAUGCCUAUGGUGCACCACCCCCACCAGAGCCCCGAGACUGCCCCCAGGAGUGCGACUGCCCCCCCAACUUCCCAACAGCCAUGUACUGUGACAACCGCAACCUCAAGUACUUGCCCUUUGUGCCCUCCCGUAUGAAGUACGUCUACUUCCAGAACAACCAGAUCUCUGCAAUCCAGGAAGGUGUCUUCGACAAUGCCACUGGGCUGCUCUGGAUUGCUCUCCAUGGCAAUCAGAUUACCAGUGACAAGGUGGGCAGGAAGGUCUUCUCCAAGCUGAGGCACCUGGAGAGGCUGUACCUGGACCACAACAACCUGACCCGGAUGCCUGGCCCGCUGCCUCGAUCCCUGAGAGAACUCCACCUGGACCACAACCAGAUCUCCCGGGUCCCCAGCAAUGCUCUGGAGGGUCUGGAGAACCUCACAGCAUUGUACCUCCAACACAAUGAGAUCCAGGAAGUGGGAAGUUCCAUGAGGGGCCUCCGCUCCUUGAUCCUGCUGGACCUUAGUUACAACCACCUUCGGAGGGUGCCAGACGGUCUGCCCUCAGCCCUUGAGCAGCUGUACCUGGAGCACAACAACGUCUAUACUGUUCCCGACAGCUACUUCCGGGGUUCGCCCAAGCUGUUGUAUGUGCGCCUGUCCCACAAUAGUCUCACCAACAACGGCCUGGCCACCAACACCUUCAACUCCAGCAGCCUCCUUGAGCUUGACUUGUCCUACAACCAGCUGCAGAAGAUCCCUCCUGUCAACACCAACCUGGAGAACCUCUACCUCCAAGGCAAUAGGAUCAAUGAGUUCUCCAUCAGCAGCUUCUGCACCGUGGUGGAUGUCAUGAACUUCUCCAAGCUGCAGGUGCUGCGCCUGGAUGGAAACGAGAUCCAGCGCAGUGCCAUGCCUGUGGACGCACCACUCUGCCUGCGCCUUGCCAGUCUCAUCGAGAUCUGAGUGGCCCUCACAGGGGCCAGGCGUCAGCCCUUGCUUCUGCCUCGGCUUGAUGACUUGGUUUGGCUUUUGCUGGAAGGUCUGGAGCAAGCAUGUUUGACAGAAGUCCAUGGGCUCUUCUUCAGUCUACUCCCCAUAGACAGGGUUAGGUGGGAUCAGGGGCCAGGCUGGCUUCUGCAGAGGACAUUGGCAGAGCUCUCUGUUCUCCAGGUACAAAAGUGGUGGCAGAGGGAGUGGGCCACAGAGUUCCAGCCCCAGAAGUCUGACUAUUCUUGAGCUCUCCUGAUAGUCUGGUAUCUCUGGGCUAUAACUUCCCUUGGGCAAUAGUACAAAACUGUUUUCAGACAAACUCUGCCCCCUCCAUGAGCAGACAGCUGUCUGCACUGCUGGGCUGCUCCUGCAGUUGCUCUUGGCUCCUCUUCACUGCUCCUCAAAACGUACCUCUUGCCCAGCCCCUUCCUCCUAGGCCCAGCUCAACCACUCUGCUCUCUUUCUCUGAUGCCUCUUAUAUGCUUUAGGUAUUCAGGAGACCCCAAGGCAGGUGGGCACCUGUUCAGCAAGUUGUGGAGAGAACCCACACUAUUGUCUGAAGUUAAAAGAGUUGCUGAAAGUCACCACUACACCUCCUUAACAUCACCUCUUUGAAGCCAUCAGAUUGGAGGUCAUCAGGACAGUGACAAUAUUCAUGGCUUGAUACCAGAGGACAUAACUAACCUCCAUUUAGGUAAAUGUAAUGAGGCUAUAGCUUAGCAGCCUAGCAACUCUGUAAGGGUAGAUCAGAUUUCAAAGGAGGGAAGGCCAGACUUGUUAUCAUCAGUUUUCAUAAUGGGGUAAGGAAGGGGCCACACCUAGACUGACAGAACUGAAAGGACAGCCCCUCUGGUUUCAUCUGACCCAGCACACACUGCACCCCUACUAGGGCAUUUAACCUUGAAGGUAGAACAGUGUGGUUUUCAAACUAUGAGAAAGGUGCUUCACCCCCUUCUUGAUCUAAGCAGGAAGAUUUGGUAUAUGGACAGGAGAGGCAGACUUCAGCCACCCCUGGACCCACCUGUUAGCCUAAACUAGAGGGGUGUGGCCAAUAGUUUGUUUGUCCAAAGGCCCGAGUUAAAGGUAUCAGCUCUCCUAAAGAUGUUUUUUGGGGUACCAGAAGUCCAGGCCAGGGAGCCAAGUCUUUCCAGUGCUAGGCAGGAAUUCCUCUGUUUUUGCAUAUGGGAGCCACCCCUCCUGACCUGUGCUUUGCAGCUUGAUUGAAGAGCACUUCCUUCUUUCUCUGAAAGGUCAUGUUGCCUGUAACCCACAUGCUUUUCUGGGUCCCAGUGGGAUGGGGCCACAUGGGUAGCCACCAGUAAGGAUCAGCUGAGGGAAGUUAGCUUGAGUCAGGUCCCUGCUCAGAUGACUUACAUCCCUGACUCUAUGUGUGCUUGGGAGCAGCUUCCUCAAAAAGGGGAAGAGGGGACUGUGUUCUGGGCUUCAGACCCUGAAAUCCACAAAAGCCAAACCAGCUCAUUUCAGCCAGGGCAUGCAGCUGCAAGGGGCAAGCCUGCCUUGCCCAGGGGCUCUCGGAAAGCAUCUGCAUAUGAACACCAUCAUGCCUCUAUAAAGGGUCCUCAGCAUGGGGCAAGCAUGAGUGGUGGCUAACCCGACCAAUAAAGUUAUUUUAUAAGUGCA